AUGGCGCCAAACGGUCGCGGAGCGGAGGGCGUGGGGCUGCGGGGAGCAGGGGGCGUGCGCUGGGCUCUGGGCGCGGUUCCGUGGGGGCCGCCAGGCCCAUUGCGAGCGUUCCGUGCGUGGCGAGCGUGGCCCCGUUUUUUUGGGCCCUCCCCGGCCUCGUUCGUGGCGCCGCCGGUCGCAUACGACAGCGGCGGGGUGUACGUGCGCGAGUCUGGCGUCUCCAUCUACGCCGCGAGCCCCCCCGUCGAUUUCCUGCGCAGCGUCUCUGCCGUGGCACUCGGCCCGAGUGUUUUUAGCCUCAUGCACGACUGGGCUUUCCGCCACGCGUUGAGCUCCUGGAUUUACAGUUCUAUACGCUGUCUGCUAGGCUUUUUGCUGCGUACUGAUGUUUUUCAGGCUUUCUAUCUGGCUAUUGAGGAGGAAGGGGGAAAUCCUGAUGAAAUUCCAGUGGUUUCAGAAAAUGUAAUGAAGAAAACUCCAAAACGAAGCAGCAAAGGACGUAGACCAGAUGAAGAGGGAGUAGAAGAUAAUGGCCUGGAAGAGGAUUCGGGAGAUGGUCAGGAGGAUAUUGAAGCAAGUUUGGAUAACUUGCAGGAUAUUGACAUGAUGGAUAUUAGUGUGUUAGAUGAAGCUGAAAUAGAUAAUGGCAAUGCAGUAGAUUGCGGAGAGGAUUACAGUGCUGAUAAUAUUCUUGACUCACUGUCUGAUAGUAAAGAAAAUGCUGAUGCAGAAGUGAAAGAACUUCCAGAUCAGCCUACAGAAUAUGCUGUAGGUAACUUGGAGGCAUCCCCACAAUUUUCAGAAAUUAAAGAAGAAUCAAGAGAAAUACCAGUAGCGAUGGUAGAGGUUGAAGAUUGCGGAAACAGUUUAGAUGCUUCUUCAUCUGAUUUAACCGUAAUGAAGGAACUUGAAGAGUUACCUUUGGAGCCAG